AACAUGGAGAUUAGCAAAAGAGAUCCAUGGAAUGAUAAUGGACAUAGCUAAGGAGAGAAGUGGAUCUACAUCUCAUCAGGACUUAUUACAAGCUAUCAUUGAAGGUUCCAAGAAUGGUGAGCUUGGAAAGUUAACAGAAGAUGAGUUCAUAGUUGACAAUUGCAAAAAUAUGAUGUUUGGUGGGUACCAAUCCCCUGCUGUUGCAGCAAUUUGGGCUUUCAUGUUACUAGCUUCACAUCCUGAAUGGCAAGACCGUGCUCGGUUUGAAGUUUUAGAGAUUUGUAAGGGACAACAGCUCCUAGACUACAAUAUGCUCAGCAAGAUGAAAGUGUUAAAAAUGGUGAUCCAAGAGGUUCUGAGGCUUUAUCCAGGAGUGACAUUGGUUUCAAGAGAGGCAAUGCAAAAUGUGAAGCUUGGUGAGUUGAAGGUUCCAAAAGGAAUGGACAUUUGGAUAUGGCUACCAGCAUUGCAUCGUAAUCCUGAAUAUUGGGGAGCUGAUGCAGACGUGUUUAAUCCUGAGAGGUUCACUAAUGGAGUUACUGGAGCUUGCAAGUCUUCACAAGCCUAUAUACCUUUUGGAUUGGGAGCUCGAGUGUGUCCUGGACAGAACUUGGCUUUAAUAGAAUUGAAAGUGUUUUUCGCUGUCAUACUCUCUAAUUUCAAACUUACUAUCUCUCCUAAAUAUCGACACUCACCUACUUAUGGUCUGCUUUUGGAGCCUGAGCAUGGUGUGAAUCUCCUUAUUCAAAAGAUAUGAGUGCUUUGCUUGAAAGUUGAGCUUCAUGUAAUAAGUUCUCAUGCAAUAUGUUCAUGUACUUUAGUAUUAAAAAUAAUUUCUUGUAAA